GAUCAAAUCAAAUAAGCUAUCAUCAAAUUACAUUAAAUCGUUGUUGGAAGAAACUGGAAGGACAUAGAAAAAAUGGGAAGUUUUCCCUCUUUUCAAUUUCAUUCCCCCUCUUCAUAAUUAUCACCAAAUUCAUUUCCCUCUUCCCAAUUUCAUUCCCCCUCUCCCCAAUUUCAUUUUCCUCUUCCCAAUUUCAUUCUCCCUCUUCCUAAUUUGGUUUUUCCUUUCAAAGAACACCACUCACUCACUCAAUAGCCCAACCUUAAUCGCCAUCACGCCUGUGUUGUUCGAGAGCAAAGGAUUCCCCGAUUCGCCGAGAUCCUUCGCCGUCAGUCCCAGCCAUCGCCAAUUCGCCGAGAGCCUUCGCCGUCAGUCCCACUGCCCAGCGCCGACUGCCCAGUCGCCCACUGCCCAGCACCGCGUCGCCGACUCCCUCAAUCCCAACUGAAUCAGUAGCAGGACUUUCUGGUUUGUAAUUCUUUAGGUUGCUUGCAGUCUCAACACAAACAUGACAAACCAUUCCCAGGAACUCCAUGGUUAUAACAAAUAGCUGAAGUGGCUUCCAUGAGUUACUGUCUGAAGCUCCUGUUUGAUGAUGAGCAUGGAGGAGAUAGAGAUAUAAGAUGGUGGCAGAGUCGUAUGAAAAAGCUUGACGAUCAUUAUGGUUCUCUAAUCUCAACAGGAAAAGAUGCAACCGAUCUAAUUAGACGACAAUGUAAAGCAUAUGAGCCCAUGUUAAUGAGAAGCCAAAGCUCUAAAAUUUUCAUCCUCCUUAUUAUGAUAUGCUGCAAGGGAACAUGCACAUUUGGUGGCAUCCAUUUCAGCAGUCUUGUAGUCUUUAAUUUGAUAAAUACGGAGUAUCCGCUAUUAUAAGGCAUAGCGUUUUUUAUGAAUCCUUACACAGCGGAUAUUUAACCGCUGUGUAAUCAUGGGUGUUUUUUCUUUACCAUUACACAUCGGAUAUUUAACCGGUGUGUAAACAUAAAACCUCUCCCACCGGCUACAUGCACAGCGGUUGGUUUCCGCUAGAAAAGGUCAAAUUUAUCCGCUGUGUAAUCCAUGUUUUGUAGUAGUGGUACUCUUCAUAUUUUGUUUCAUGUUGGUGUUGUUUUUCAUUUAGUGGGAAGUACAUACUCAAUUUUGGUCCUCAUGCCUUUACCAUGGUUUUGAAGAACAAUUGGGAAAUCGGAAAUCCGCUGAAAUAAUGUAAUACUCAUUUU